CGCUCGACUUCUGCCUCGGUCAGUCGCCGCUAAUUUCUCCUCCGCAGUCCCGCUGCUGCUGCUGCUGCCGCCGCCGCGGCGGACGGGAUGGGAAGCGGGGACGCUGCCUAAGCUUUCUCCCGCUCGGGGCUGCCUUCUCUCUCUCUCUCUCUCUCUCUCCUGGAGGGGACGAGCGUCCGCGCUCCCCGAGAGGAGCUCAGCAGCAUGCCCUCCUCCUGCGACUCCAGCAGCCUACGCGCCUCCUGCUCCUAGCCGAGUCGCAACCUCGCCUUGGCCCCGGCCCCACCGAGCUCCAUGGUGGUUGAGGGGCAGCGCUCUCCUGCGGUGCGGGGCGACGGUGGCGAGGGAGGGAAGAGAAGAAAAAAAAGAAGGGAAUGGCCGCCCAGGGUGACAGCUGCAGCGUCAAGGUGGCCGUGAGGAUUCGUCCUCAGAUGCCAAAGGAAAAGAUUGAAGGAUGCCACAUCUGCACAUCAGUGACACCUGGGGAACCCCAAGUACUCCUUGGAAAGGACAAAGCAUUUACUUAUGACUUUGUCUUUGACCUGGACACUUGGCAGGAACAGAUCUAUACAACUUGUGUAAGCAAGCUGAUUGACGGCUGCUUUGAAGGCUACAAUGCAACUGUGUUGGCAUAUGGCCAGACAGGUGCAGGCAAGACUUAUACCAUGGGUACUGGUUUUGACAUGAACACUUCUGAAGAGGAGCAGGGCAUAAUUCCACGAGCCAUUGCCCAUCUCUUCAAUGGCAUACAAGCACAUAAGCAGGCUGCACAAGACCAAGGGGUCCCCAUCCCAGAGUUCAAAGUCAGCGCACAGUUUUUGGAGCUAUACAAUGAGGAGAUCCUGGAUCUAUUUGAUAGCACAAGAGACCCUGAGAAUCGCCACCGAAAAUCAAAUAUCAAAAUCCAUGAAGAUGCCGGUGGUGGCAUCUAUACCUCAGGUGUUACAUCACGUCUCAUUAGCUCCCAGGAUGAGCUGAUCCAGUGCCUGAAACAGGGAGCUCUCUCCCGAACCACAGCCAGCACCCAGAUGAAUGUCCAAAGUUCCCGCUCCCAUGCUAUCUUUACAAUCUACCUUUGCCAAAUGCGUGUCUGCUCUCCUGUACACUUGGUGAAUGGAGACACAAAUAGUCUUUUGGAUGGAUCUCAGCCUACCAGUGAAUAUGAGACCCGAACAGCCAAAUUCCACUUUGUUGACCUGGCUGGCUCAGAGAGGUUGAAACGAACUGGGGCCACAGGCGAGAGAGCUAAAGAAGGCAUCUCUAUCAAUUGUGGUUUGCUAGCAUUAGGAAACGUCAUCAGUGCCCUUGGGGAUCAGAGCAAGAAAGCGUUGCAUGUGCCCUACCGAGAUUCAAAGUUGACCCGGCUUCUCCAGGAUUCACUUGGUGGAAACAGCCAAACUGUGAUGAUUGCCUGUGUGAGUCCUUCAGAUCGGGAUUUUAUGGAGACCCUGAAUACCCUUAAAUAUGCCAAUCGUGCUCGCAACAUCAAGAACAAAGUGGUGGUGAAUCAGGACAAGACCAGCCAGCAGAUCAGUGCCCUGAGAGCUGAAAUUGCUCGUCUCCAGAUGGAACUUAUGGAAUACAAGGCAGGUAAGCGUGUUAUUGGAGAAGAUGGCUCUGAAGGCUACAGUGACCUAUACCAGGAGAACGCCAUGUUGCAGAAGGAGAAUGCCACUUUACGUAUGCGGGUGAAAGCCAUGCAGGAGGCCAUUGAUGCAAUCAACAUCCGUGUCACACAUUUGAUGAGCCAGGAAGCCAACCUGAUUCUUGCCAAGGCAGGUGAUGGUAAUGAGGCUAUUGGUGCUCUGAUCCAGAACUACAUCAGGGAAAUUGAAGAUCUCAGGACAAAACUCUUAGAGAGUGAAGCUAUGAAUGAAUCACUACGCCGCAAUCUGAACCGGGUUUCAACCAGGCUGCCCUACACCCUGGGCUUAUCACCAGCAAUUGGAUUGGGAGAUUCACGUUCCCCUGCCACCUCGGUGGAAGCUGAAGCCACUGACGUCCUACAGUGGGCCAAGCAAGAUGUUGAGAGGCUGAAGAAGGAGACAAAACAGCGAAGAAAAAGCCCAGAGAAAGAAGGGUUUAAAAAGCGGUUGAGGUUGCAGCAGGGAAACGAGGCAGAUGAGAAUGAUGAGAAUGAGGCAGAAGAGGAGGAAAGGGAUGAAAGUGGCUGUGAGGAAGAAGGUGGCCAGGAUGAAGAAGAUGAAGAAGAUUCAGGGAGUGAAGAAAGUCUGGUGGAUUCUGAAUCAGAUGUCGAAGAAAAGGCAGCAAAUUUCCAAGCUGAUCUUGCUGACCUGACCUGUGAGAUUGAGAUCAAACAGAAAUUAAUUGAUGAACUGGAGAACAGCCAACGGCGCCUACAAACCUUGAAGCACCAAUAUGAGGAAAAGUUGAUUUUGCUACAGAACAAAAUCCGUGACACUCAGCUGGAGAGAGACAGGGUGCUGCAGAAUCUCAGCAGUAUGGAAUGCUAUACAGAAGAGAAGGCUAACAAAAUUAAAGCAGAUUAUGAGAAACGCUUAAGGGAGAUGAAUCGUGAUUUGCAGAAGUUGCAGGCUGCCCAGAAGGAGCACGCUCGCCUUCUCAAGAACCAGUCUCGAUAUGAGCGAGAGCUGAAGAAGCUGCAGGCAGAAGUAGCAGAGAUGAAGAAAGCAAAGGUAGCCUUGAUGAAACAAAUGCGUGAAGAGCAACAAAGACGGAGAAUGGUGGAGACCAAGAGGAACCGGGAGAUUGCCCAGUUGAAGAAAGAGCAACGUAGGCAAGAGUAUCAGAUCCGAACUCUGGAAUCUCAGAAGCGACAGCAGGAGAUCGUCUUGCGCAGGAAAACCCAAGAGGUCUCUGCUUUGCGUCGUCUCGCCAAACCUAUGACUGAUAGGGUUGCUGGGAGGAUUAACCAGAAACAAGCCAUGGGAGAGCCCGGUGCUGAAGUCUCCACCAGCACUACCAGCUCCUUAGAGUCAGAAUCUGGUUCUCGUUCUGUCUCUAGCAUUGUACGCCAGUGGAAUAGAAAAACCAAUGCUUUGCUGGGAGAUUCUCCUUCCUCCUCAAAUGGAACUCGGACAAUCAGGAAAAGAUUCCCAAAGAAAGGUGCAAAUCAGACUUUUAGUAAGGCAGCCCGCCUGAAGUGGCAGUCACUGGAACGCCGUGUCUUUGAUAUUGUCAUGCAAAGAAUGACUGUCAUCAAUCUGGAAUCAGAUAUGGAGCGUCUUAUCAAGAAACGUGAGGAGUUGUCACUGAUGCAGGAAGGACUACUAGGAAAGAGGGGGAAACUACAGGCUGAGAACCCAGAAGAACAGAAGGGAUUGCAGGAAUUGAAUGAAGAGAUUGAAGUGUUGGCUGCCAAUCUUGAUUACAUAAAUGACAGUAUUUCUGACUGCCAGGCCACCAUUAUGCAGAUUGAAGAGACCAAGGAAGAAUUGGAUUCUACAGAUACCUCUGUGGUGAUCAGCUCCUGCUCUUUGGCUGAAGCACGACUUUUACUGGACAAUUUUCUCAAAGCAUCCAUAGACAAGAGUCUGCAGGUAGCCCAGAAGGAAGCUCAGAUCCGCUUACUGGAAGGACGUCUGAGACAAACAGAUGUGACUGGCUCCUCUCAGAACCAUCAUAUUCUGGAUGCCCUACGAGAAAAAGCAGAAUCCCACCCUGAAUUACAGGCACUCAUUCACAAUGUGCAGCAAGAAAAUGGCUAUGCCAGCACUGAUGAGGAAGUCUCAGAAUUCAGUUUGGCUUCAGAGGGAAGCUUUUCCCAGUCUUUCUUCAUGAAAGGUUCUGCGAGUCAGGAUGACUUCAAAUGCAGGGGAGAGCCUAAACUGUCUGCUCAAAUGAAAGCUGUAUCUGCAGAGUGCCUAGGGCCCACAUUGGACAUCUCCACUAAGAACAUCACCAAGUCAUUAGCGUCUCUCAUGGAAAUUAAAGAGGACAGUGUUGGAUUCUCCAUCCAUGAUCCUUAUUAUAAGGAGAAAGUCUCCCGCACCAUCAGCCUGCCUAUCCGAGGGAGCACAUUCCCUCGACAGUCCCGAGUCACAGACACUUCACCCCUUACAAGGAGGAAGUCAUAUGACAGGGGCCAGUCUAUCAGAAAUCCAGAUGUUGGAUUCACUCCUCCCUCAUCCCCUCCCAGCAGACCACGCAAUGACCGCAAUGUCUUCUCUCGGCUCACUAGCAACCAGAGCCAGGGCUCUGCAUUAGACAAGUCUGAUGACAGUGAUUCCUCUAUCUCGGAGGUGUUGAGGGGGAUCAUUAACCCUGUGGGAGGUUCCAGGAGUGCCCGGACAGCACCACUGCAAUGCAUUUCUGUGGCUGAAGGACACACCAAGCCAGUAUUGUGCUUAGAUGCUACUGAUGAAUUGUUAUUUUCUGGAUCCAAAGAUCGGAGCUGCAAAAUGUGGAACUUAGUGACAGGACAAGAAAUUGCAUCUUUGAAAGGGCAUCCAAAUAAUGUAGUCUCCAUAAAAUACUGCAGUGACUCUGGCCUGGUAUUCACAGUCUCUACCUCUUACAUCAAAGUAUGGGAUAUCCGUGAUUCUGCAAAGUGCAUCCGUACUCUCACCUCCUCAGGCCAGGUGAUCACUGGAGAUGCCUGUGCUGGGGCCACUACCCGGACUAUCACCAGCGUGCAAGGCGAACACCAGAUCAAUCAAAUUGCACUUAAUCCCACAGGCACCAUGCUUUACGCAGCCACUGGCAAUUUUGUCCGCAUUUGGGAGUUGAACAGGUUUCAGCCUAUUGGAAAGCUGACGGGUCACAUUGGCCCUGUGAUGUGUCUCACAGUGAAUAGGACUGCAAGUAAUCAUGACUUAGUAAUCACAGGAUCUAAGGAUCACUAUAUUAAGAUGUUUGAGAUUGCUGAAGGUAUCGGUGGGAACAUUGGACCUUCCCACAACUUUGAGCCUCCACAUUAUGAUGGGAUUGAGUGCCUAGCUAUUCAGGGAGACAUACUCUUCAGCGGUUCCCGUGACAAUGGGAUCAAGAAAUGGGACCUGGAACAACAAGAACUCAUCCAGCAAAUCCCUGCACAUAAAGAUUGGGUUUGUGCUUUGGCCUUUGUGCCCAGCCGGCCCAUGCUGCUGAGUGCCUGCCGUGGGGGGACAGUGAAGGUCUGGAAUGUUGACAACUUCACACCUGUUGGGGACAUCAAGGGACAUGAUAGUCCUAUCAAUGCUAUCUGCACAAAUUCAAAGCACAUUUUCACAGCUUCCAGUGACUGUCGGGUAAAGUUAUGGAAUUACGUGCCUGGGCUCACCCCCUGCCUUCCACGACGCGUCCUUGCCAUCAAGGGCCGUGCCACCAGUCUGCCUUGAUCUUCCUCCUCCUUCUCUACUCUCCUGCUUACUUUUUCUUGCUGUGUUCUCCCUCCCUGCCUCUCUUUGUCUUCCCUGUCCCUCUCUCUGGGAGCUGAUUUCAGCUGCUUCUUGACGUGACUGCACAGUGAAGCUCUGGAGUGCGAGGAAGCUACUGAACAGCACAACCUAGAAGUUGAGAAAAGCAAAUAUGAAUUUAAGAAGGCUAAGAUGGAGCUUGGCUAGGAAAUAGUAUUUAAUCUCUCACACCAGGGCUUCAGGAUGAGAUGGGUGCCUGGUUUUCUGACAAGUACAAGGGUUGGGGAGGGCAAAGGAAGUCUCCUUUUCUGUUUACAUGUUCAAGUCUCUUUCCUUGUCAGAUGUCUAUGGUGGCGGCCAUGGUAAAAUAGAGCCAAAAAAGAAGACAAAAUUUGGUGCUGAGGUUCUUUCAAUCAGAAUCCAUCUGAUAAGUUUACAAAAUAGGAUAUUUUGGGGGGGAAAGGAGUCAAAAUAUUUUAUAAAUCAAAAUUAGAUUUUUCAUCCUUGUAUAAUUAAAUGAGGUUUUCCCAUGGUUUCCAGUUGUCCAGGAGCUGCCUAUAUCCUGUUUAUGCCUAUAAGACAUUACAGUGAAAAUAAUUAGAGAGAAAAUCAAGUGUUGUAAGUCCCUUCCUGGAUAGCUGAUUGUUAUGUUUUAGGGGAUAUUCCUUGUUCUAGUUGGUCUUUCAAGAGGAUUUAUGAAGUACUGACUUUUAUUUCUUCCUUUUAUCUGUGAAUUGCUAAUUGUUUUCUUUUUGAAAGGGGGAAGGAUUGGAGGAGAACGCAAGAAAAUGAGCCACUUUAAUAUGAGCACAUAAUGUAGUGUUUCUCAGUGGUCACUAUAGAUUCAGAAUUUCAUUUGCCAAAUACUCUUGAGGAAUUUCCCCAAAUUCCUGGAAUGACAGUAUUAAAAGAAAAAAGACAACAAACAAUUGUAUUAUACAGAGCGAUAUAUUUAGUAACUGAUUUGAUGAACUUUGAUAACUUCAGAAGAGUUGUUGUUUCCUGAAUACCAGUUACAAAGCUGGGUGAUUUUUUUUUCUAAAUGUUAGAUAAGCAACAAGAAAGGGAGACCUAAACCGAUUAAAUACAUUUAGAAUUCUCCUUCAUGCCAUCAUUUGGCAAUUCUGGCAAAGACGUUGCCUGUGCAUGCCAUUUUCUCUUCCCAUUCUCAAAUUAUUAUAUUUCGGUAACAAAAUGGCAGCAACUGCAGAAAUCAACUGUUCCCUAUCACAGGAAAAAGGACGUUUUUCCUUCUCCUUUGUCUGGGAACAGAAAAAAAUGUGGAACCUUCCCUUCCAGCUUUCAAACAGGGUAAGGAAGAUUUGAAAUGCUAAGCACAAGGGUGUUGCAAUGCAUUCCUGUAUUACUGGGGAGAUAAUGAGCCUGCCCCUCUCAAUCUCAUCCCCAGCAUCUUUUUGUUGUUGUUUACAUCUUUUUCAAACAUUCACAUUUCCAUGUUACAAUAUGGAGCAAAUGGAUAAAAGUUAAUGCUCUGUGUUUAGAAACUUGAAUUUUUCACAGGAUAUUGUUCACUGAACUUGAUUUUUAGCAGCAAACAUUGGCUUAAGCCCUUGAAGAUCCAUCACUGCGUGGGAGAAGCUUUCAUCUGUGUGCAAUGUAGCAGGGCUGUCCAAGCUUCUCUGAAGGAUUGAUCAAGUGCUCUUCACAUUGCUAUAGGGUUCAUCCUUAAACAUUUAACUUGCGUUGUACUCUUCCAUCAGAUGACCAAGGCUUUAAACUGAUCGUUCAGCAGCAGACUUGGGAAAGCCAUUCGCUAGUAGGGAAAUAUGGACCAGCAGGUUAAAGCAAUUUGCUUUCUGAAUGCUUUGGACCAUUCUAUAGCUCUGCGUUUAGUUUGUAGGAGUCUUUGCUCUACUGCCCUGGAUUAGCUUGGAAUUCUGUCCAUUCAUUUGUGUUACAAAAAAUCCCUUUCUCUACACUUAAGCUGCUGAUUCUUCCAUCCAAGUGGAAAGUUGUAUUGUAAUUCUAAAUAGGUGUUCAAAUGAUUCUGUGUUUUGUCUUGUGCAAUUGGGGAUGAAGGGGGGCGGGCAGCAGAGAGAGGUGUGUGACUGCAAUUUUAAAAGGGUGAGAGCUUGUUUUGAGUUAACCUACCUCAUGGUCCAAGGUGUUUUCCCUUUUUUUUUUUUGGUUAAUAGAACUUGAAUUGAUCUGGGAAACGCAGAGUUUCACUGGUCCCAAUUUCUAAGCUCAACGGAAAGUGUGAUGAAAGGAAGCUGCCCUCUGUAUAAUAUCAGAGGGAGCGUUUACAUAUUAAGGCUGCACUAUGUUUACUGCAUCUUGGUGUCAUUUGCAGUCUUAAUUCAGCACUCUAAACUGAGUGGGGGAGGUGGGUCAUACAAUUCCAAGAUUGGAAGAGGAGAAUCUUCCACAAAAUCAGCACAAUCUUUAUUUCUCCACAUGGAACCCAAAUUGGUGUUUUGUUUUGUUUUGUUUUGCUAUUUACUGAAGUUUGUGAUCCCCUUUGAAUGUUUUUGCCUGCAGAAAUCUUUGAAUAGAUUGUGAAUUAGCUCACCAGUCUCCAUGGACUUAUAUUACUUGUUUAGAACAAAGAAUAUGAUGCAUACAAAAGAUAAUAUUUAGUAUUUGUGUAAAUCUACCUGCCAGGAGAUACUUUUUAUAGGUUGGUUAAAGGAUUUUGUGAUUUGUGGUCCUCCAGAAGUUGUACUUCAGCUUCCAUCUUUCCUCACUUGGUCAGCUCAGAUUGAAGGAAAGCUAGUGGAAGCCACACAUUCUUUCUUAAAUUAAGGCCCAUGUUUGCCAUAGAGUUCUGGGUGACUCAUGCUUUCUUGUCCUUUGGCACCAGGUUAUUCUCCAUUUUUUGGGAGGGGAGGGUAAACCUUCCCUCUUGUAAUACUUCUGGUUCCAUGGAUGUAGUAGGAGGGGAAUUGAGCUGAUUUCUUGGGUUUAGUAAGUAUAAUUUACCCUAUUGUUGAUUGUACUUGAAGCACAUAAUUGAGAGGAUACAAAAUAAGCAACAAUGGACAUUUCAUCUCUCAUAAUUUUCAAGCACUGAACAACAGGUUACCGUAAUAAGACUAAUGAGACUAAUAAUGGUUUUGCAUCUCUGCAAGGAUGUUUUUGAACAUGUUAUCAUGCUGUCCCUAAGGCUAAACUCUCAGUUUAAGAAGCCUACUUGAUUGUGUACUAAAGUACACCAGUCACCUCAAUCCAGGGUUGGGACGAUAGUUUUAGUUGCAGUCCCAGCAUUACCUGGAUGUGACCAGGUUUAAAUUUUGUUUCAAACAGGUGCCUUUCCUUAUCCAGAAAGGUCGGGGUUUUUUACCCGUAGAAACCACUGGUGCUUGUCUGAGGCUUCUGUGAGGGCUGUGUCAUCUGGCAAAAUGGUGUUAAGUGUGAAUGUGCGUGUGUGCGUGUGUGCAUGUAAGGAUACAAUGUAUGUAAUAUUUUAUACCUCUGUGUAAAUAAUGUAAGUUAUUUAAAGUUUCUGAUGUACAUGGUUUUCCAAUGAAUGUUUUUGUUCCUCCUGGUAAUAAAUUUAUUCAACUGAAA